AUGUCACAACAAGUUGGUAACAGUAUCAGAAGAAAGCUGGUAAUCGUUGGUGAUGGUGCUUGUGGUAAAACGUGUUUAUUAAUUGUCUUCUCCAAAGGCCAAUUUCCAGAAGUCUACGUACCAACUGUCUUUGAAAAUUAUGUAGCAGAUGUUGAAGUUGACGGGCGUCGUGUAGAACUGGCACUAUGGGAUACUGCUGGCCAAGAAGAUUAUGAUAGACUGAGACCAUUAUCAUACCCAGACUCUAAUGUCGUAUUAAUUUGUUUCUCUAUCGAUCUUCCAGAUUCUUUAGAGAAUGUACAAGAAAAAUGGAUUGCCGAAGUACUACAUUUCUGUCAAGGUGUGCCAAUUAUUCUUGUUGGUUGUAAAGUGGAUUUGAGAAAUGACCCACAAACCAUUGAACAACUAAGACAAGAAGGUCAGCAACCCGUUACAUCACAAGAGGGCCAAUCUGUAGCAGACCAGAUCGGUGCAACCGGAUACUACGAAUGUUCAGCCAAGACCGGUUAUGGUGUCAGAGAAGUGUUUGAGGCCGCCACUAGAGCUUCAUUGAUGGGUAAAUCUAAAACAAACGGUAAAGCUAAGAAGAAUACUACCGAAAAGAAGAAGAAGAAGUGUGUCUUGUUAUAA